CUGGAUACUUAAUCCAGCACAUCUAACAGGGACUGCUAUCAUCUAGUCAAUGGUCUCCGUUGUUACCUACCUAAUCUGACACCAUUUGUAUCCAGUCUCGCGAUCGAUCCAGUGUGGCUUGAGCCACGACCCUACUUAAAGCCGCCAUUUCUCGCUAGCUACACUGUCCAACGCAAGCAUGGAAUAUCUCACCCACUUGACAGACCCUCGCACCGCCACCACCUCCGUCCAUGGCCUUACCUACACCUACCCUGUCCAGUACUACGAUUUCCACGUCUACUACUAUGCACACCAAGCACCCUCCAAAAAGGAAGCGUUUGAUCUUUUAGAUAAGCUCUUGACAGAUUUUGCUCACGAAGGCAAUUCCGGUUCAGUGAUCGUCAAAAGGCUCCCCGACGACAAAGUCAUCGGGCCCCACUCCACCCAGUUCUGGGAGGUGGACGUGCUUCGUCCCGAGGUGUUUGUCAAGCUCCUCAGUUGGUUCCAAUUGCAUCACGGCAACCUCUCGGUGCUCAUCCACCCCCAGACCGGCGAAGACACAGCCGACCACACCUCCCGAGCGCUUUGGUUGGGAAGGCAAUUGCCGGUAUUCACCCACAUUUUCUCCGACGAUGGCAAGAUCCCCGAGUUUGGGGUCAAAAGAGGCCAGAAAAUUAGCCCUGACCAGUUUGACAGUCACGUCAGCCAGCCCCAGGGCAAGUGAAGCAGUACGGAUGCGAGGAAGCGUGAUUGGCCAUGAAUUUUGUGUAUUUGAAGUGGACAAUUGAAAAGGAAAAGAUUUUCUCUACUGAUACUGGCUAAAUUGUCGUCACCACUCUCUGGGAGACUGGCUCUACAAACAUGAGAUAGCUUCAAGAGCUCCGUAUCAUUCCAAGGGUUUGGGCUGUCGUUCUGGCAUACUGCAGGCGUUUAUUUCAGAAAAAUUAAGUAAUCAAUUCGCAAGUAGUUUUCAGUAGUGAAUUAUGGCUAGGACUUUUAACCUAUUGCUAACUCACGGUGUAGCAGCGUUCAGAGACAGGUAUUCUUGUAAUAACAUAUAUCGUGCUAUAAAUGAAAAGUAGUG